AUGCGUGAGCCCAGCCCGAGCUGGGCUGGGCUGGGCUGUGCGUGCUUGCGUCGGGAGACAGAGGGACCCCGCACCUGCCAUACGCCGCCCGCGAACAGGCUGGCGGCAGACAGGCCGCGCGGCUGCUGCUGGACAGGGCAAGCUGGUGUGCAUUUCGCUCACUCGUCCCCUUUUCUACUGGUGCUCGCCUCAGGAAUCCGUAGGCCUUCGUCUCGUCCCAUCGAUCGACAAGGGCCGCGGGCAGUCAAAAGCUGUCACCUUCUGUCUGCAAGCACGCGCGCGCACACCGCGCGCGCACACGCCGCCGCAUGCCUUUCGCCUCUGCGCCUCCUCGUGCUGACCGUUCGCCUGGCCAAGGCACACGGCUCGACACAGACCGAGCAAGCCAGACACAAACAUACACACAGACAGACAGACAUGCAGACAAGGUCGGGAUCCACGUUGACCCGAGUGCCGGUGGCUGAGGCGAUCGAUGCCCGCCACCGGGCCUGCAUUGACUGGGCAAAUCGUGGCUCGGGCUCAUUUUGGAGCCCGAAGCCUGACGCUGCAGAAUUGGCCUCGACUGUUGCGCCCGACCUCGUUAAGGCUGGGCUCUAG